UUGACAUUUGUCAAAAUAAACUGUGUUUUUGCUUAAAAAUACCGAAAUUAAAAUGAACGUUAUGAUAAAUCAGCCGAAUAUGCCAAUGCAGCUGCAACAGCAGCAAAUGCAGCAGCAGCAAGCUCAACAGCAAGCUCAACAGCAAGCUCAACAACAAGCUCAACAACAGGCCCAGCAACACGUACAGCAAGCUCCGCAACCUUUGUUGAACAAUAUUUCGAAAAUUAAGUCUUUAAUUGGACCGCUGAGGGAAAAGUUGUCAACUACUAUUAAAACUGCUGCUCAAACUUUAGCCCAAAAUAGUCAGGUGGAUGCUGGAUCUCAAAAAAAUGUGGACGGUCAAAUACCAAGAUUUGAUAAGAAUUUAGAAGAAUUUUACUCAAUUUGCGAUCAAAUUGAAUUACACUUGAAAACCUCUAUAAAAUGUCUAAGUCAAUGCGAGAGCAGCAACAGAUACCUAAAUCUGCAAGUGCACACAACCAGAAUGGACAGUAUGGGUGUAACAGACAACUUUUUGACAUAUCCCCAAUUUUUAGCCACCGCCAGCGCUCAAGUGUCCUACACCAAAGAGAUCCAUGACACUUUGGUUGCUGCAGCACAAAAUAUAUCACCCUCUGAUUGACAUUACCAGCAACCUUAUUGAGUUUAUCAUUUCCAUGAAUAGGUUAAUUUUUAUUUUGGAUGUAUUGUAAAUAGUUAUGGGGCCAAAAAUUCUUGGUUUACAGAUUGACCAAAAUCAGCAUUUUUGAAAAGAAGCCCCUGUGUAAUAUUACGGUAUAAUAUACAUAUAAAAUGUUAGAUAGGGUAAUAAAUGAACAAUAAAGCAUGUAAUACUUUCAAAACAGUGUAUUUUUCAUAAGGACCAUUUAAAAGUAAGUAGGACACUUUUAAUUUUAAUAUACAACUUCAUCUCAUACUAUUUGAUAUUUUCUUUUUAACCCUCUUCCUCUCCUUCCUCCUCUCCUUCCCCUUCGUCUCCCUUGUCGUCUUCCUUGCCUUCUCCAUCGUCUUCUCCUUCAUCGUCCCCUCCUUCAUCAUCAUCAUCAUCUCCACCAUCAUCUCCUCCAUCUGCUCCUCCUUCAUCGUCUCCUCCUUCAUCAGAGGCGAAGAAGGUAUCAUACACAUAGUUUCCUA